UGACGCUCGGCAGGGGCGUGGCCUUCUCUCGGGGCAGCUGAAGGAGACUCGGGGACACCCGGCCCCGCAGCCCGUGCAGUCCUUACCAGCGCGCCUGCCCCCACUUUAUGAGAAAGAUGCUCGCCGCCGUCUUCCGCGUGUUGGCAGGCGCCUCUCCGAAGCCGGCAAGCAGAGUACUGGUGUCAUCCCGUAACUUUGCAAAUGAUGCUACCUUUGAAAUUAAGCAAUGUGAUCUUCACCGGCUGGAAGAAGGUCCUCCUGUCACAACUGUGCUCACCAGAGAGGAUGGACUCAAGUACUACCGGAUGAUGCAGACUGUGCGCAGAAUGGAGUUAAAGGCAGAUCAGCUGUACAAGCAGAAGAUUAUUCGUGGCUUCUGUCACUUGUGUGAUGGUCAGGAAGCUUGUUGUGUGGGCCUGGAGGCAGGCAUAAAUCCUACAGACCACCUUAUCACAGCCUAUCGGGCUCAUGGCUUUACCUUCACUCGUGGUCUUACUGUCAGAGAGAUUCUUGCCGAACUUACAGGCCGAAGAGGAGGCUGUGCUAAAGGAAAGGGGGGCUCCAUGCACAUGUACGCUAAGAACUUCUAUGGGGGCAAUGGCAUCGUCGGAGCUCAGGUGCCCCUGGGAGCUGGGAUUGCUUUGGCCUGUAAGUAUAAUGGAAAAGAUGAGGUCUGUUUGACUUUAUAUGGAGAUGGUGCUGCUAAUCAGGGUCAGAUUUUUGAAGCUUAUAAUAUGGCAGCUUUGUGGAAAUUACCUUGUAUUUUCAUCUGUGAAAAUAACCGCUAUGGAAUGGGAACAUCUGUGGAGAGAGCAGCAGCCAGCACUGACUACUACAAGAGAGGCGACUUCAUCCCAGGACUGAGGGUAGAUGGAAUGGAUGUCUUAUGUGUCCGGGAGGCGACAAAGUUUGCAGCUGCUCAUUGUAGAUCUGGAAAGGGGCCCAUACUGAUGGAGCUGCAGACUUACCGUUACCAUGGACACAGCAUGAGUGAUCCUGGAGUCAGUUACCGGACCCGAGAAGAAAUUCAGGAAGUGAGAAGCAAGAGUGAUCCGAUCAUGCUUCUCAAGGAUAGAAUGGUCAACAACAAUCUGGCCAGCGUUGAAGAAUUAAAGGAAAUUGAUGUUGAAGUGAGGAAAGAAAUCGAGGAUGCUGCGCAGUUUGCCACUGCUGAUCCUGAACCGCCUUUGGAAGAGCUAGGCUAUCACAUAUAUAGCAGCGAGCCUCCUUUCGAAGUUCGGGGUGCAAAUCAGUGGAUCAAGUAUAAGUCUAUUAGUUAAAAUGUUUAUACUUUUGAGAUCUGAAAGAUAGGUAAUGGUUUGCUCUAGCUGUCCGCAAGUGGUUUUGUUCAAAUGACUAUUUUAUCUACUUAUACACUAUUGAAACCAAUGUAUAGUUAUUAAA